CAUUGCUUUUUUUUCAAGGUUGACUUCCCUCCUUUUGUCUGCGAGAAUGGCUGGCCCUGCGCGUGCCACCGGUGGAAGACGACUUUGCAACUGUAUCACACUCAUUGCUGUUUCUGUGACCACGCUCCUUCUUUUCCGUCCCAUCGUCACCUUCGUUCUACCUCUAAACAUCGACAAUCCCUUACCUACCACCACCACGGUCAUUCCAAGCGGCUUCAACUGGACAUCCCUAAUCCCUCACAAUCCCCCAAAGUCUAUCACACCCUUGCCGUCGGGUAAAUUCCAUUCUUUCGCCGUUCAACAUGAAUUUGAACCCGAGUCCCCGUCCGACUCCUCGAAACGCUUGUCGCGUCGAACGGCCGUCAAAUCUGCGUUCGACAAAUGCUGGAAAAAUUACAAAGCCCACGCGUGGCUGAGAGACGAGUUGGAACCGUUGUCUGGAUCGGGAAAAGAUACGUAUGGAGGCUGGGCAGCCACAUUGGUCGACUCCUUGGACACCCUCUGGAUCAUGGACCUCCAGUCUGACUUCCGCGAGGCGGUCAAAGCCGUCUCUGUCCUCGACUGGGCCAACACUACGGGAACGGCCUGCAACAUGUUUGAAACCAACAUUCGUUACCUCGGGGGCCUGCUCGCGGCCUUUGAUUUGAGUCAAGAGCCGGUUCUCUUGGCCAAAGCCGUCGAGCUCGGCGACAUGCUGUAUGCCGGCUUUGACACUCCCAACAGGAUCCCUCCUUUUUGGCUCAACUUUGAGCAGGCGAAACAGGGGUCCCUGAUUGCAGAGACGCAUCAGAUCUCGGCGUCUGUCGGGUCAUUCUCUUUGGAGUUCACUCGUUUAUCACAGAUCACAGGCGACCCCAAGUACUACUCGGCCGUUGCACAUCUGACCUCAGUCUUUGAGGAGUCUCAAAACUCCACGGCCAUGCCUGGGAUGUGGCCUACGUUCAUCGAUGCCCGAAAUGCCCGGUUCGAUGAGAAUAGCUUCACACUAGGAGCCUUGGCCGACUCUCUUUAUGAAUAUCUGCCCAAGAUGUACUCUCUGGUUGGCGGCCAAGAGAAGAUAUACGAAAAGAUGUACCUGGAUGCCAUGGAUGCCGUCAAGAAGCAUUUACUCUUUCGACCCACGACCCCGGACAACAAAGAUAUACUCUUCUCUGGCUCUGCCACCGUCAGUCAAGGUGUUGUCACGCUAGGUCAUGAAGGACAACAUUUGAGUUGCUUCGCUGGAGGGAUGUUCAUUCUUGGAGGGAAGCUCUUCUCCCGCCCUGACCAUCUCGACAUUGGUGCAAAACUUACUCAUGGCUGUGCCUAUGCCUAUGAAGCGUUCCCGACAGGGAUCAUGCCGGAGAUAUUCGACAUGAUGCACUGUGCGUCGCUUGAUGGCUGUGAAUGGGACGAACAGCGAUGGCAGAAUCAAGGCAAUCUCGACCUACCACGUGGGUUUGCCCGCGUACAAUCCCCAUCCUACAUCCUUCGUCCCGAGGCCAUCGAGAGCAUCUUCAUCCUGUAUCGCACUACGGGAGACAAAACCCUGCAAGACCUGGCAUGGAGAAUGUUUCAGUCCAUUCAGAAGGCCACGGAAACACCGUACGGUAAUGCUGGUAUUGAAGACGUUAAUGCCGUCAAUGGUAAGAUUCAACAGAAAAACUCCAUGGAGAGUUUCUGGCUUGCCGAAACGCUCAAGUAUUUCUACUUGAUCUUUUCUGAAUCUGAUCUCAUCAAUCUUGAUGAUUAUGUUUUGAACACUGAGGCGCAUCCACUUCGGCGUCCAGUGCCGCAUUAUUCCUCCAGAAUUUCGUAUAAUUGAGGAAUCGCAGAUAGGCGUAACUCAGAUGAGAUAAAUGAUAUAAUGACGUCC